ACACAGGCGGACGGCAGCAUCUCAGCGAGCAUCCGAAGCUAAAUGUGUGAGGAGUGACCCGCUGCUGCUUCCUGGAGAAGGAGUAUGGAUACAUGGCCGCCAAGCUGGGACUAGAGAUGUAGGAGCCAGGAUGCCGGCCAGAUUCAUCUCUCGUGUGCUCCUCUUCGUCUCGAUCUGCGCGGCCAAAUCUCUUCCAGAUCAGGGAGCAUUUGAGGUGCAAAUAAAAGUCCAGGUGUUCGACAACAGCGACCUGUCACCGUUGGCGGGCGCUCAGGUGGAAGUGCACGGAAACCAGACCGUCUUGGCGUCGAGCCGGGCAGGCAGCGAUGGCGUCCUGAGAGUCAACUUCCUGUACCGUACGGGCUCAUGGGUCAUCAUCACAGCCUCCAAACAAGACUACGUCACCAACUCCGUGCCCUGGCACUCCAGCCGUAUCCCCCUGUAUGCAUCAGUCAGCCUGUACCUCCUGGUCCAGAGGCCAGGAACACUCAUCCUGUACGAUGACGUCCUGCAGGUGCUGUCUGGGUCCCCAGGAGGUCGUAACCAGCCUCUGGUGCAGCUCCAGAGGAAGUCCCUCCAGCUGCCGUCAGACUCCAACUACACCGCUCUGUCUGCUACGCUGACCACGGCCAGGACUCAGUAUGAGAUCGGGGGCUUCCCCUUUCUGCUGGGCCAAGAGACCAACAGCUCAGGUGCAGAAACUGGAUGGACAGACUUGACGGCUUUGGCCUUGGUCAGCAUUCACCUCUUUGACAAAGAUGGCCGUGAGAUCCAGGUCUUAGAUCCGAUCCACGUCUCGGUGCCGCUGCCGUCCGACACCCGCAACAGGAUGGCCACCAGCGUGCCUGCUUGGCUGUAUCAGCCUAAGACAGGAUUGUGGAUUCGGAGCGGGACGGGUUACAUCAAAAAGGACGGCCAACAGUUUGUGUGGAACGUGGUGGUUCCUCAGAUGGGAUACUGGUUAGCCGCCUUCCCUUCAUCUUCAGGAUUGGGUCUGUCUCAUCCAGGCUUGAGGGACAUCACCACCUACCACACCCUGUUCCUGCUCUCCAUCCUGGGCUCGCUGGCCCUGCUGGUGCUCAUCCUGCUCUGUGUGCUGCUCUACUACUGCAGGCGGAAGUGUUUAAAACCUCGUCGCCAGCAAGGGAAACCCCACGCCGCAAAUCUAAACGGUGCAAAAAGAGACCAAGGAACAUCUACUUCACGCCUAAAUCUGAUCUGCGGAAGCCAUGCUGAGUCCGGCCCCUCAAAUGACAAAUCUGAGAUGUCCCCAUCUCGAGACUACCAGAAUGCAAGGGAUGACUUAACCAAGCAUGUUCCAGCUCACAUGCUUCGACACGCAAAGGGAAAAAAUGCUCUAGGUCCCCAACGAGGUGAAAGCUUCCAAAUGAAGGUUACUCGUGCCACAGAGACCAACAACCUGGACAACCCUUUGCUGCAUGAAGACUACAACCGGAGCUACAGCCCCAUGGAGAUCAAGGAGUCUGAAUAUCACCGACACCACAACGCCAACGACAACCGAGGUUACGCUUCUGAUCCCCCAUCCCCGCCUCGCUUCCAAGGGUAUGUGCCAAACCAGAGUGACAAACCCCCGGAAUACUCGGCAGCAGCUGCAGACAGCCUUGCCAGACCCACGUCCCUCAACACCCAACCGGGCCAGAUCAUUUUCUGCAGCUCCAUCGACCAGAUGAAGGAGAACAUGUACCGGAGCAUGGUGCCAACCCUGGUUAUCCCUGCACACUACAUGCGCCUGCCCUCCGAGUUCUCCAAAGAUGGCAAAGACCAGAAGGACCAAGACAAAGAUGGUGCCCAGAUGGGAGGAGGCCAGCAGCACCAUCACCACCACUCCCAGAAACAGCAGCAAGGUGGAUCCCAAGGUGACGACUCUGAAGACCCGAGCUGGGCGUCCGACUCCUCCGGUGGACCUGUCACUAUCCCGGUGCUCUUCAAUGACUCCACCAUGGCUCAGAUGAAUGGAGAGCUGCAGGCUCUGACUGAGAAGAAACUUCUGGAGCUUGGUGUCAAGCAGCACCCAAGGGCGUGGUUCAUCUCCCUGGAUGGACGCAAUAACGCUCAUGUGCGCCACUCCUACAUCGAUGCUGGGAAUGACCUCGGUGGUGGUGGCGGCGGCGGCGGUGUUGGUGGAUUCUUGGGUGGCCCCAGCAGCGGGCGAGAAAGCAACCUUGAACCACCUUUGGAGUCUCAAGAACGGAUGUUAGCAAUGAACCGGAAGGGAAAAGACGAGCGCUGGGGGACGGGAGGAAGGAAGGGCCACGGUGUCAGCAGCAGUGGAGGGAAGUGUUACUCCAAGCUGGCGUAUCCCGAUCACAGCGAGCCCAGCAGCAGCGAGGGACGCCCGGUGUCACCCGAGGAGAACUCCCUCACCCCUCUUCUCGAUGAAGGUCCGUCCUCCAGAGGGUCCACCAUCCCCAGGAGAGGGCGCAGUCGCGUGAACAGCAGCCGCAGCAGCAACAGUGAGAACCGCCGCGACUCCAUGACAAGCCCAGAGGACGACCCCGACGACAAAGAAGAGAACAAGAAGAGCCCCUGGCAGAAGAUUGAAGACAGGCCUCUCAUGGUGUUCCACCCCAGGAAGUGAGCUGUUUGAGUUUUCUGACACUUUUAACAAUCUUUUCUUAAGGGGGAAUCUUUCCACAACAAACUUGGAACAAGAUGUUUUCACAGAGAGAUCACAAUAAGCACAACCAUGCUUCACUGGUUCAUUUAAAGCAGGGGUGGAGAACCUCCGGCCCCCAGGCCGUAUAGGGCCUGCGAGACCAUUUGGUACGGCCCUCGAGGUAAUUUAUAAACACACGCAA